AUGCAGAAUACUGGCUGUGGCCAACAAAAAAAUAACCCUGUUUACACAUCCAUUCAUGCUUUCAUACGAUUUUACUUUGCACAGUUGCAGUUACAGAAGACCCAGUAUUUGCAACUAGGGCAGAAUCGUGGACAGUACUAUGGAGGCUCACUGCCCAAUGUCAAUCAGAUUGGAAAUAGCAACAUUGACCUGCCUUUUCAGAAUUCCGCUUUGGACACCAGUCGGUCGACCAGGCAUCACGGGCUGGUGGACCGUGUUUACCGCGAUCGGAACCGUAUAACCUCGCCCCAUCGCCGGCCCCUCUCUGUGGACAAACAUGGCCGCCAGAUUGACAGCUGCCCCUAUAGCUCCGUGUACCUCUCACCCCCACCGGAUACCAGUUGGAGGAGGACAAACUCUGACUCAGCACUACACCAGAACACCAUGAACCCUGUGCCCCAGGAUGUGUUUGCAGGGGGAUCACAAGAGCUACAGCCUAAACGAGUGCUGCUGCUUACAGUGCCUGGGACUGAGGAGUCUGAAUCAGAUGCAGACAAGGAUACACAAUGGGAUAACAAAAAGAAUGACUCAUCAAGAACCAAGUCCUGCGAAGUCCCUGGGAUCAAUAUAUUUCCAUCACCAGAUCAGGAAGUGAACACGUCAUUGAUCCCGGCCACGCUCAAUACGGGAGGCUCCCUGCCUGAUCUGACCAACAUCCAGUUCCCCCCACCGCUGCCCACUCCGCUGGAUCCAGACGACACUGUGGCGUUUCCUUCCCUUAGCUCAUCCAACAGCACAGGCAACCUGACCACCAACCUUACCCACCUCGGCAUCAGUGCUGCCAGCCACGGGAUCACUACCACCUCUCAGCCUACUAUGACUGUGGCGGCCCAGCGUAGGCAGCCCACCCUGAUCCCCCUAACCCUCAACGCAGACCCCCAGCCACAGCAGUCCCCGCAGCAGCUCUCCCCCACGCUGUCGCCCCCUCUCAACAUCCAGAUAAACUGA